AUGAACACGACGGUCCUCCAGCAGAGCAAGACGCUCACGUUCCACGGCGACCCCCCUCGGUCCCGCGAGAACGCCAUUCUCUGCAAACGCUACGACGAACUGCUCCAGUCCGAGAAACUCGGCUGGACCGAGCACCUCCGCCUCAAGAGCCUGCUCGGUACGGGCGGUCAGGGCGUUGUCUACCUGAGCGAACGCCGCGGCGCCGACAGCUUCACCCUGCCGGUCGCGCUGAAGUUCUUCUCGCCGGAGCGAUACGCGUCCGAACACGCCUACGACGAAGCCAUGCGCCGUAUGGCGAUGGUUAGCGGACGCGUCGCGCAGAUCGCCCACGACAAUCUGAUCGACGUCCAGAACUUCAUCGAGCGGGACCGGGUGCGGAUCCUCGAGAUGGAGUGGGUCGAUGGAUACGACCUCGACCUCUUGCUGACGCCGGCCAUGCUCCGCCGUGCGAAGGACCGUGUCAGCGGCCGCCGCUGGGACUACAUCAACAACGUGAUCGUCACCCGCGGCCCCGUGCGGCCCCGGCUCAAGCCCGGUAUGGCCGUGGCGAUCAUGCGCGAGAUCAUCGGCGGCCUCGCCGCGCUGCACAGGGAGGAGAUCGUCCACGGCGACAUCAAGCCUUCCAACAUCAUGGUGAAGCGCACGGGCAACGCGAAGAUCAUCGACAUCGGCUCGGCGAUUGACCUCAACGACAUGCCCGCGCAGCGCACCUGCACGCCGCAGUACGCCGCGCCAGAGAUGCUCGAGCGCGAAGAGUUCACGCCACGCAGCGACUUGGCGAGCCUCGGCUAUGUGCUGAUUGAGCUGCUUUCGGGCCAGCCCCUGUUCGCCGGCAUCAACGACUACGCCAAGCUGCUCGAAGCCAAGCGAACCCUGCCGCAACGGCUCGACCAGCUCCUCCCCGACGAGGUCACCGACAGCGACCUGUUGAUGGGCAUCUGCCGCCGCCUGACGGCGCCCGACCCAAUGCUGCGCUACGGCAGCGCCGAAGAAGCCGACACGGCCGAGAUGGGUUUCGCGGAGUUUCAACGCACGCUGGUGCGCGGCGACCUAGCGAGCGAGUACGAGAACGAACUACGCCCAUCACGCUUCGACAUGGGCGAGGAGCCGGAAUGCGUCACCGUAGGCCGCUGGCGGAUCGUGGCGGGGAAUUUCGCAUCUCCUGCAUCGCUCGCCAAUGUUUGGCAGCGAACCAUUGCCGCAAUGAUGCGUUUCGUACUGCCGUUGCGUUUUCUACCGACGCUUGCGCUGACGGCUAUCGCCACUUUCGUGGCGGCGCCGGCCUAUGCCGCUGAAGAAGACCGAUACGGCGGCGAUAUGUCGACGUACGACUUCGGCUCGUUCGACAAGCUGCCUAGCAGCAGCUCGGCCACCGGCGGGUAUCGCAACUCGACGACGCCCUCCUCGAGCUCGUCGCCGUCCUCGAACCCCGCCCUCGUCGAUGAACGACCUGCGGCAGCCCUCGUCCACACAGGCGCCCUCAAGCUCAGCAUCGCUGCCGCCGCGGGCCUCAAGCGUCACGCCCAGCAGCCAAUCGCAAGUGAUGCUCCCCGGUUCGUCCCGCCCGCUGUCCGCGACGACGCCUGGUUCGGCAUCAGCAUCCGCCAUGCCUCCUUCGACUUCAAGCCAAUCGGCGCCCCGGGCUUCCGAUCCCUACGCCGGCCUGCCGCCAUCGCCUUCAUCGCUCGGACGCGCGAAGAGAACACCCGCAAGAUGCUGGAGAAGAUGCUCGCUCCACGGCAGGGAUCACAACUCAGCGGGUCGCCGAUGUCGCUGGCGUCGGUGGUCUCGUCGGCCACGGAUCGCGACGAGCAAGCGCGGCGCGUCGAGGCCUACUGGGCGCUUAGCUCCGCAGNNUACCUGGGCCUCGACGAGAUGGUCGAGAUGUCGCGGCUUCGUCAGACGAUGCCGACCUACAGCACCGCACUUGGUGAAGCGGAAACAACGCUGAAGACACGCCUCGACACGUCGUUGAAAGCGGCCCGAGCCGCCCAGUUCCGACUGUCGAUGCUGAUGGGCGGCGGCGUGGCGCCGCUACCGUCCGACACGCCCUUUACGGGACCCUACGCGACUCGCAUCGAAACCGUCUUCCCCGAAGGCGCCCCCGCCGAGGCGCGGCUGAUCGCCGAGCUACUCCCACUACGCCUCGCCGAAUUGCAGGGUGCCGCAGCCGACCUCGCGGGUUCGGAGAACUGGGUGGACAAAGUACGCAAUGACCAACAGAACACCUCCGAUGGUCGUGGUAUCGUCCUGGCAUUGAAGCUUAACGCACUGAGCCGCCGGGCAUUCGUGCAGAUCGCCCGCGACUACAACCUGCAAAUCAACCGCUACUCGCAGCUGGCGACGCCCGACCACAUCGACACGGGCCGCCUCGUGGCUAUGCUGAUAAGGACGGCGCCGACGAGCGCCGCGUCGGCCGACGACGCCCUGAUGGCCGGCUUCUCGCCCGCCAUGCCAAACGGGAUCACCGCCAUCGCCAACCGCAAGCCGCUCAGCGGCUUAGCGUCGUCGAAUACGACGCCGUUUGACGCCACCGUUCUGCCGAUGGUGAAGUCGUUGCGGAUCGGCGACCUCGUCGUCGAUCCACCGAUUCUGCAGGCGCCGAUGGCGGGCUAUACCAAUUACGCCUUCCGUCAGAUCGUCCGCGCGUACGGUGGCGCGGGGCUGUUGGCGACCGAGAUGGUCAACGCCCGCGGCUUCAUCUGGAUGGACCGCGAGCAGGCCGAGCACCCCGACCGCUUGUGGGGCGUCGCCGACGAGCCGCGGCCGCUGGCCGUUCAGAUCUGGGACAACGACCCCGAGACGCUCGCCGCUGUCGGCGCCCGGCUCGCUCACGAGUACAAGGUGUCGGUCGUCGACAUCAACUUCGGCUGUCCGGUGCGGCAGGUCACCGAGAAGGCCCACAGUGGGUCGUACCUGCUCCGCACGCCCGACCGCAUGGGGCAGAUCAUCGAACGCGUCGUCGCCGCGUGCCACCCGACGCCGGUCACUGCGAAGACGCGACUCGGUUGCAGCCGCGACAAGAUCAACAUCAUCGACGUCGCGCAGAUCGUGGAAGGCGCCGGCGCCGCGGCGCUGACGGUCCACGGCCGCACGGCCGCCGAUAUGUUCCGCGGCCAAGCGUCGUGGGACCUGAUCAGCACGAUCAAGCCGCACCUCAAGCGGAUCCCGCUGAUCGGCAACGGAGACCUCGACACGGCGGAGAAGGUCGUCGAGGCGUUCCGGCGCUGGAACGUCGAUGGCGUAAUGAUCGCGCGGGCGAGCUUGGGAAAGCCCUGGCUCUUCCAGCAAGCCGCCGCCGCGCUGCGCGGCGAGCCAAUCCCGCCCGACCCGACGCUCGAAGAAGAGCGUGAACUGAUGGUCGAGCACUUCCGUCUGGUGUGCGAGCGCUUCGGCGAAGAACGCGGCGCCGUGCUGAUGCGGAAGUUCGCCUGCUGCUACGCCCAAGGCCGCCCCGGCGCGCGGGAGUUCCGCAAGCACGUGGUGGGUAUUGAGACAGCCGCGGAGUUUUUCGACGUGGUGGCGACCAUGACCGUCAAUAUCGAGCUCGACGCCGAAACCCAGCUUCGUCUGGAGGCGACUGCCAAGUUGCAGGGGCUGACCGUGGAGGAGUAUGCGCGCAGAUGCGUCACGGAGCGGCUGGUCGAACCGCCGGUUGGUUCUGCUAGCCUCGCAUGGGAGCUGGGUAAGCAUCUCUUCGGGUCCUUCAGUAGCGGUCGCUCCGAUCUCUCUCAGAAUCACGAGGAAAUCCUCGGCGAGAUUUUCGACGCCAAGCGGAAAGAGCGGGCAGAACGCCGUGCUAAUUGCUCGUAUGCAUCGACAUGGCCAGUUGUCACGGAAGUGGCCUACCUGCUUCGCAAUCAACCGCUCAUUCGAAUCCGCUUUCUCGAAUGGAUUCGGCAAGGCGCGAUGCUGAUGGUGGAAUUGACGCCGGACGACCUCGCCCGUGUCAUUGAGGUCAUGCAGAAGUACGCCGACCUCCCCGCUGACUUUGCUGAUGCAACGCUCGUCGCCGUUGCCGAUCGCCUCGGCGCUACCGAAGUCGUCUCGUUCGACUCUGACUUCGACAUCUAUCGCCGAGGCGAUGGCGUCCUCGAGAAGCUCGAGCGGUUGCUCGAAUCGGAGGACGCCGCUGUCGAGCCGCUGACCGAGCUGCUCGGGUCGCUGGACGCCCGUGAGACGGCGCGCGCUGUGUGCGAGCUGCCGAUCGAGCAGCAGGCCGAGCUGUUGCGGCGGCUGUCGCCCGAGGCGGCGGUCGAGGUGCUCGACACGCUCCCCGAGGUGACCGUUGUUGAGGCGGUGGAGGAGCUUCCCGCCGAUGUGGCCGCGGCGAUCGUCCACGAACUCCCCAGCGACGACCAAGCCGACCUCAUCGGCGCCAUGGAUUCGGCGGCAGCCGCGGCGGUGCUCGCCGAACUCGCCGACGACGAAGCCGAACGGAUCGCCGAACUCGCCGCGUAUCCCGAAGAUUGCGCGGGCGGCCUGAUGGCGACGGAGGUCGUGGCGCUGCGCGACAUCGCCACGGUCGAGACAACCUUGCGGCGUCUGCGCGCCGGCGCCACCAAGCUGCGCGACCUCGACGUGCAAUACGCCUAUGUCGUCGCCAAGGGGCGGCGGCUCGUGGGCGUGCUGCGGCUACGUGACCUCUUGAUUGCCGAUGAGCGCUCACGGCUAACCGAGAUUAUGAUCGCUGAUCCCCUGUCGAUUCCGGCGGAGACGCCGCUCGACGAGCUGAUCGCCUUCUUCGAUAGCAAUUCGUUUCUCGGGGUUCCGGUUGUCGAUGGCGAAGGCCGCCUGCUCGGAGUGGUCAGUCGCCGCGCGGUGGACGAGGCGGCCGAAGAGCAGGCCACCAGCGACUACCGCCGCUCAAUGGGAGUCGUGGCCGAAGAACUGCGUUCGAUGCCCGUGCUGCGCCGCAGCCGGAUGCGUCUGUCGUGGCUGAGCGUCAACAUCCUGCUGAACGUCGUCGCCGCGAGCGUUAUCGCCGCCUACGAGGAGACGCUCAGCAGCGUGAUCGCCUUGGCGGUCUUUCUGCCGAUCAUUUCGGACAUGUCCGGCUGUAGCGGCAACCAAGCGGUCGCCGUCAGCAUGCGCGAGUUGUCUUUGGGCUUGUUACGGCCGAGCGAGUGGCUGCGUGUCUGGAUCAAGGAGGGGAGUGUCGGCUUUCUGAACGGCUUGGUGCUGGGGGGAUUGCUCGGCGUCGUCGCGGCGUUGUACGCCGGAAAUGUUUGGAUGGGGAUUGUCGUUGGCGGCGCCCUGGCGAUCAACACGCUGGUCGCCGUGUUGCUCGGCGGCGUGAUCCCCCUCGCCCUGAAGAGGGCGGGAGUGGACCCUGCGCUGGAGUCCAGCCC